AUGGGGGGAGGCAACGGCCAGAAGUCUAGGAUGGCGAGAGAGAAGAACAUGGAGAAGCUGAAGGCCGCCAAGGGUAAGGCGCCCACGCACAUCCCCCUUCGCCCUCCGCUGCGAUGGUUUGCGAUUCUGCGCGGCAUCUGUGGAUCUCGUUCCAGUUCUGACCGAUGGAUCUGUUGACCAGGAAGCCAGCUGGAAUCGAACAAGAAAGCGAUGACCAUCCAGGUUCCUAUAUUUUCCGGAAUCCUGCUCUGUAUUUUCCCCUUUUUUCCUCCAUCCUUACCAUCGACGGAUCCGUUUUCUAAUGGGCGGUAGGUUUUUCUGGUCGAUCAAGUAUUGAUUCGGCGAUGAGUAUUGCGCUAUUUUCUCUCGAUUUGGUUGAUUGACCUUCUCUGCUUUGUUGACGACCCUUACAAGAUCUGUCUGCAUCUGUUAGACGGAGACUAACCGGAGAUUGUAGAGAACAUCUGCUAGGCGAGCCAAAAACUUGGGAAACGAUUGGGGAGCCUCGUCAGAGCCAAUUUCUUCCUCAUAUUGACCAGAGAUGUUUCUGUCUGAGUUUCUUCAAGACGCAUUCAGAAAGGCAUGCUGAUUCAGGCCUUUCCUCCUCCUCUCAGUUAGGGCUGAACACGAUCAAUUCCCUUGUCCUUCAAAGCUUUGAUGUCGUGAGACAGAGUAUUCUCUUACAACUGAUCGAAACUCUGAUGUUUCUGUCCUCACACUUAGUCAUUGAAACCGAUUCUGUGAACCCCGAUCUCACUUUUGAGGUGAUGUCAAUCUGUGGAAUCAUGUUAAGAGAAAGAUGAUGAAAGAAAAUGAAGAAAUGGGCUCCGAUUUGUCAGUUGAAGGCCUUCCUUCGGCUGACUUUCCGUAUCUUAUAAAGAAUUUAUCCUCUUAUUGAGACAGAAUUGGCCUUGUUAUUCCCGAGGAAUGAGCGGUUAGGGUGAUCAUGUGAUCAUUUCUUUCCCACGAACAGACUCCUCGUGAUUUUGUACGAUGGAAUACGAUCGAUUUUCCAAGUUUAGUAAGUGAUUUAGGGGCUCAAGCUCAGAGGCUCCUCCCAGAGACUUUAAUCUUGCUACCAUUUCAUCUACUGAAUCACUGCCAACGCUUCUUUCCUCUCUGAGCGUAGACCACCGGGUCGCUUGCCAGGUGGGUUAACUCCGGGCACGUUAGGGGCCGCCAGCUUCUGCGUGCGGACACGCGUCAGAAGGAGAUCCUCUCACGGCUUGUUUUCACCGUCGGACGAGUUAUUUUUAUAGUAUAAUGCAGCCGACGAUAUAUUUUUGAUCGUAUCAAGCUAAUCUAGUUGAACUCGUUCUCCGCAGUGCAAGGUGUGCAUGCAGACAUUCAUCUGCACAACUUCGGAGGCGAAGUGCAGGGAGCACGCUGAGGCGAGGCAUCCCAAGGUGGACCUCUCUCAGUGCUUCCCCCACCUGAAGAAGUAG